CAUCAUAAUCAACUUCCUUUUAUGUCCUAGAAGAUAUAGGGCAAUAACAGUCAACCAUGGGAGGAGCUGGUACUUCUUUGUUGUUUAGAACCCUUGUAGUUUUGGGGUUCAUGUCUGUUAUUGUAUCGAUUGGAAUCCUGCAAAGCCAAGGACACGGAACGACGACGACGACGACACAUGAUGACCAUCGGACUUGGACGUCGAUGACAACGACGGAGGCGAACCUGCAGCCGCGGGAAGAGCAAGUGAAGGUUUUAGGCAAAGGAGAGUUGAGUGUGGCGUAUCCCAAGCAGGAUCUCAACUGCAUGAGCAAAAGAAGAGUUCCUAAUGGACCCGAUCUUAUUCAUAACAGGCGAGCUGGCAACUCGGGACGACCGCCGGGACAAGCCUAGCCUCGGCACCGAUGUGUGUGGAUCGGGAAGCUUCAAAUCAAGCCGAAGUGCUAAAAGAUCGACGAUGAAUGACGAAAUCUGCCAUAUAUCUUGUAUGUAUUUUUUGUUGGAAGUAGGACUAUAAAACUUGAUAUUGAAAAAGAAACAUUUGAAAUGUCCAAUA